AUGUGCGUUCCACAUUCGCAGAUGAAUGUGAUAAACAUGGACUUAAGCAAGAUAAAUGAAAUUGCAGCUACGAGCUACACGAGUAAGCCGAAAAAGAGCCUGUACGAGCUACCGCUUAACCAAUACCAGACUGUACUUUCAAUAAGAAUCGUACAAGGACGUUUUGGACAGGUGCCGUUGGUGGAGCUACAAAAUUUUGUAGUGUUUCUACCAGGGAGAGCGACGGAAGUGAUCAUCGAAAACUUAGAAAGUUUCACUCCGGGACGUUACGCAAUUGCGUAUACAGGCAGCGUGCCCAGCUCUUUCGGGGAUAAUCAAGUUCACCAUUUUAAGCUUAAGGAUCUACACGAAUAA